CGCGUGCGGAGGGGCGAGGCGCAGGGAUCGGGCCGCGGGAGCAGGGGACCGACCCCGGCGGCGGAGCGGAUCACUCACGCCUGGGGGUGACGCAGCUGCAGGGAGCACUCCCCGGCCAGCGCUCAAAGGGUUAACGCGCCGGCGGGGACCGCGGGCCCCGGAUGUGAGAGCCGCGGCGUGGCGCCCGAGGGCAGCGCUGCAGGUGCGCCCAGGCUCCCUCUCCCCUGCAGAGGCCGCUCGGCUCCCUCGGCGGGCGCCUCGUUUUCUAACUUGAGGGCAACAGGUGGUGCCUGUGGACCGAGGAGAGCCCAGCUCCAGCUUCGGGGCGCUGGGAACGGCGAUUACUCCCGGCGAUUAGGGCGCAGGGGCGGGCAAAGCACGGACGAGCUACGGCACCAAUGGGAUCUGGGCUCAGGGGUGGGCCGUGAGAAGUGGGCGUGGCCAGGGUCUGAUUCCGCGGCUUCUAGUGCAGAAAGCGCCAGAGCUGCGUGGAGAGUUAAGCAGAGCGGACCUGGGGUGCUUUCCCCCAUCGCGUAGAAUCGCCUACCAAUGCUUUCUCGUUUGGACCCAGACUCCAAUUCGCGAGUCUUGUAGCUGGAUCGCCUAAGAAGGGAAGUUCUAAAGCAGUCAGAAGAAAGCGUUUCAGCUUGGAACACUCAUUUGCAACUGAAAUGGGGAAUGGACUCUCAGAUCAAACUUCCAUCCUGUCCAGCCUGCCUUCAUUUCAGUCCUACCACGUUGUUAUUCUGGGUUUGGACUGUGCUGGAAAGACAACUGUAUUAUACAGGCUGCAGUUCAAUGAAUUUGUAAAUACCGUACCUACCAAAGGAUUUAACACUGAAAAAAUUAAGGUAACCUUGGGAAAUUCUAAAACAGUCACUUUUCACUUCUGGGAUGUCGGUGGCCAGGAGAAACUAAGGCCACUGUGGAAGUCAUACACCAGAUGCACAGACGGCAUUGUGUUUGUUGUGGACUCCGUUGAUGUGGAAAGGAUGGAAGAAGCCAAAACUGAACUUCAUAAAAUCACUAGGAUAUCAGAAAACCAAGGAGUCCCUGUACUUAUAGUUGCUAACAAACAAGACCUGAGGAACUCAUUGUCUCUCUCGGAAAUUGAGAAAUUGUUAGCGACGGGGGAACUGAGCUCAUCCACGCCGUGGCAUUUGCAGCCCACCUGUGCGAUCAUAGGAGAUGGGCUAAAGGAAGGACUUGAGAAACUUCAUGAUAUGAUAAUUAAAAGAAGAAAAAUGUUGCGGCAACAGAAAAAGAAGAGAUGAAUGGUUAUACCUUCCAUAUCUGUGUGGAGUAGGUUUUCUCUGGUCUGAUUUUGACGAAUGGAAGAGUGUCUACAGCCUGGUUUGCGUGCCUGCCCUCCUGGAUGCUGUUAAAGCUUUGUUUUGUUGAACAGUCAGUCAGAUGCCCAACUCUGUUGCCUUGGGAAGAUGAGUAAAUGCAGUGCUUCUUAAAAUGGUCUCUUCUCCCUACCCCACAAAUCUUUUGGUACUACCAUUUUGGGAAGCCAAGCAGGGAUAGUUAAUUGACCAGAAAACAGUUGUGGGAAUUUGACCUGAAGUUAGUGAAAUAAAACUUGGAAGAAUGUCUGCCUAGUGUUUUGUGCUUAUAUCUUUUUUGCAGGAAGCCUUCACAAGGAAAUUGCAUAUGAGCCUUUGUAUGUUAAGAUAAAAUGCUAAUGAAUGGAAAUGUUAAGAUAGAUUAAUAUGUCCAUGUAUCUAUAUAUCUACAUAGAUAGAUACAUAGAUGGUUGUAGUUAUAUUGAUCACAUUGGUCCAGCCAGUAAGGGAUAAAGAGGAAGUGUAGGGUUUUUCAAGUUUUGGCCAAAUGAAUUUUGACAUUUUCUGGGAACAAAUAACGUAAUGCUAUAUCUUAAUUCUAGCCACUGUUUAAAUUGGCCUAACUUAAAAUAAUAAAGGUAAGGUAUUUAUGGCAUAUUCAAGUGCGUGGGUCAGUUUUCCCGACAAAGCAUGUUUUGGUGUGUAGUGUUCUUUUUAGAAAUAGCUAUACAUCUUACUACACAAUCAGGUUUAAAACACUUUUGGGAUUUAAGGCUGCUGUAUUGUAGAAAUAGUUUGUUGUCAGAACCUAAACUUGGAGAACCUAAAAUAACUUUUAUACAGUCAAUCUGGGCAUGUAGACUGAUCAUAAAUUCAUAUGCUUGAAUAUAUGUAUGGAUUUAUGAAGAAAGUAAUUGAUGAAUUCAGACAGGUGGAUGUAAUUACAAUACCUGGCCCUCAAGUAUUCCAGUUAUAAAAUGUUUGAAUAUUUGCUGGCUGAACACAGAUGUGGUUUUUCUUAUAUUUUUGUAGUGUUUUGAGAGGAACAAAAGCUUUAUAAACAGCACCUGAUGCACUGUGGCGUGAAAAUGUAUGAGGAUAUGUGCUCUGAGCUUUAAUUUUUUUGUUUACAAACUGAAAAGUGUUACACAAGCAGAUCAGUCCUAAUUAUAAGGUAGGAAGAAAUGAUACAAUACCGCAGAAAGGAGUUACAAUUAUAUAAAAUGAGGGGAAAGUAGCAAAGCUGUGUUUUGUGAAAAUUCACUGGUACUGUUUACAUUGGAAUCGAAAACACCUAAAUUAGAGGGGAAACCUUAUCUAAUUCUUAUCUACAGGCAAAGACUUAACUUCCAGUGAUCAUAUAUGAACAAAUCAACAAUUUCUAUGUAUAAAGCCAACAGCUGUUUGUUCUGAAGAUAACUAAAAGAAAAGCACUUUGCGUGCAAGGUUUUAUAUUUGUUUGGUUUAGUUUUGUUUUUUUAGUGGCACAGCUGAGUUUUGGAACCUUGAUUCUUGUUACACACAAAAUGAAAUAGUUUCCUCCGGAGCUUUCAUAUGUUAAAUGUACCUGCACUAGUGACAGUUACUUAGAAUGUUUAUAGAAAUGUGGAUAAUAAUUACCAAUAAACUACUUGAGGCACUAG